AUGCUUCAACGAGUCCCAUUCCCCGAGGCACUGCGGGUGCCUGCAGUUUAUCUGAAAUCGGAGGCGUGGAUCUACACGUCCAGCGGUUCUCCCAGUUACGUAUCUUCGAUGCGCAAUGCUUUGCACAACGGAGAUAAGAAGGAUAAUCCGACACUGGUAACGAAAGCGCUCGUUAUAUUUGGACCCAGCUCAAUUGAAUACGAUAUGCUCUCUGCACUGGAGCAUAUCAGCAAUAUGCAAGAGGUGAAGUUUUAA